UUCCCAAAUUUGUAUGGAGAUGACAACCCCAGACUUUUCACCUACUGGACUAGAGAUGCAUAUAACACCACAGGAUGCUACAACUUGUUCUGCUCAGGCUUUAUUCAAACUAGCAAUAAAAUGGCGCUGGGGGGCACCAUCUCCUCUAUUUCUGCUUAUGGUUCUUCCCAAUAUGAAUACAACUUUCUAGUUUGGAAGGACACAACAACAAGUGCCUGGUGGUUGCAAUUUGGGAAUGAGGUAGUGGGUUACUGGCCAACCUCCUUGUUUUCAUACCUUGCUGACAGUGCUUCAAAAAUUGAGUGGGGAGGAGAGGUGCUGAACUAUGCGUCAGGUGGGCAACACACCACCACCCAAAUGGGGAGUGGUCAUUUCCCCAAAGAAGGGUUUGGAAAAGCUAGUUACAUCAAGAACAUCCAGAUAGUAGAUGGUUCCAACAAUCUAAUAGCUCCUAUAGGUGUUAGCACUUUUGCUCCGCAAUCCAAUUGCUACAAUGUUCGAAUGGGCAAUAAUAAUGUCUGGGGCAACUACAUUUACUAUGGUGGUCCUGGUAGAAACCCUAAUUGCCCAUGACCAAAGUGGAAAAAAUGGAGAAUGAAACUAGAAUAUUAUAAAGAAUAAUUAUAAUGACCAAAUUUGGAUAUCAUAAUUAUAAUGACCAAAUUUGGAUAUCAUAUUUGAGAAACAUAUGAUUUGAUGUUUUACAUUACAUUAACUACAUAUCACUUGAUUUGAUAUGCUCCACUUAUGUUUAUUUAAAAUUGCAACUGAUAUAAUGCCAUGUAAAAUGGUUAGUCAGAUGAUAUUUAAAUAUAGUAUUCAAA